AUGAAGACUAUCUCUAUCGUUAACUGCUACUCUACGCAUUCUGCAGCUGAUGAAGUAACGUUCGAUGCAUUUUACGACCAACUUGAGGAAUUCAUCCACAGCGAAAAGUCCUUCUAUAAAUUCUUUGUUGAUUUCAACGCUAGGCUUGGCGAAGCUCAAGAGGAGGAGUUCAGUAUUGUGAAGUUCGAAAUGGGAAACAGAAACGCAAACGGAAACCGUCUGGCUGAACUCCUGUCCGCUGCUCCACUCUUCCAAGGGAUUUCCUUCUUCCAGAAGCUAGACAUGGCAGUCUCCAAACGGUACAACUCAUGCUGA